CACGUGAAUAUUCCCCACUAUCUACUCAGCUGCAUGACUCCUGGUAAAAAUUGGCUAUAGGUCAAACCUAUUUUAGCAUGAUUUGAACAUAUUUACUUCUAAACACAUUUUAAAUGUCAGAGUACAAUUAAAGUAUGAAACACCGUUUUCAAGCGGCUGCUGGGAAACCAUUAUCAAGUUGCAUUAUACCAGUACAACUUUAGAUGCAGCCAGUGUAUCUCUAGCUGGCUCUGCUGGGAAUGGCAGAGUUUGAUCUUAUUGGUCAGCUGCAGCUCUGUGCUGUCGAUAAAAGCGACAGGAGUUGUGGAGGAGAGACCGUGUGAGGGUGCAGAGCAGUGGCGCCGCGGAGCGCGCAGACUUAUCAGAGGAGAGCACCCGUUACUGACGGAUCAGAUGCAAAGGAGAUCAAAGAGAGGAGUGUGUCCUUUUAUUUAUCUAUAAGCCCGACUGAGCCUGCUCCACACAUCAUCCCACUGCCUGGUGGGACCAUGUGGGUUCUGGAUAAGAUCCGCGGGUCGGUGGAGACAGGUGUGCUGCGACAGGGAGAGAGUGCAGGAGACAAGAAAUGCGUUGCUCCGGCCUACAGUAAUGUUCUCACUCCCGACAAGAUCCCAGACUUUUUUAUCCCUCCGAAACUAGUCAGCUGUCCUGCAGACCCUGAAAUCCCAAACAUAAAGCCCAAAGAGGGGCUGGAGCCGUCCACCUCUGAGCUAACCAUUGGCAGUGGGAGGAAGAUCAGCAGCCCGAGAAGCCCGCGUCUGGUGGCCAAGAUUGCAGGAGACACAAAGAACUUGUUGAAAGCUGCAAACCGCCACAUUAUUCAGAUAGAGAGUGCCGAUGAUGUUGUGGCUGGAGACACAAAUGCAGACCCCCAGUCGCAGACAGCAAUGUCCCUGCCUUAUGUUCCAAAGACUCAGACAUCAUAUGGCUUUGCAACACUGAAGGAAAGCCCCCACACCCGCCGCAAAGAGUCCCUGUUCCACUGCGAGAUUACCAGUCCCAUCACCUCCCCAAACACACAGAGGAAGACUCCAGGCAAAAGCAGCGAAACAGGAAACCAUCUGAACCCUGCUGACUACAAUACGUCCCACAUGAACCCUUACAGGUACUUCAGUGGAGGAGAAAGUGACACCUGCUCCUCAGCGGAAUCCUCCCCCUUCAGUUCCCCUUUGCUCUCCCGUUCUGCAUCCUUGCUCAAGAUCUUUACGCACGAGACGCAGGCCAAAGUUGUGAAAGCCAAGCGGACGCUCGCGCGCCACAGUUCCCUCUCCACCGACGAGUGCAGCUCGGCCGAGCCCAGCCCUAACAUCCAGCGACGGCUCCACGUCCCUUCCUUCCAUGGCGGUGCGGGAGGGUCCGACCACCACAGCCUCCAGCGAGAGCACACAAUCAACCUGCACAAAGGUGGGUCGGUGAGGAUCAGCGCCAACUACGACUCCAGCACCUCCCGCCUGCUCAUCCGCGUCCUGGCGGCGGAAAGUCUAUACGACAAGCACUUUGAUAUCAAAAGUAUCAACUGCUGCGUGUCUGUGUACCUGAACCCCGGGAAGCUGCAGAAGCAAAGGAGCAACAUCAUCAAGAACAGCCGCAACCCAGUCUUCAACGAGGACUUUUUCUUUGACUCCAUAAGCUCGAUUCAAGUCAAGAACCUCUCUGUGAAGUUUAAGGUGGUGAACAAAGGCACCAGCCUGAAGAGGGACACACUUUUGGGUGAGAGAGAGGUGGCUCUGACAAAGCUGCUCUCAGGCCUCUGAAGCUGCCCUUAGAGGUUAAAGGCAAAAAUAAGGAUUCUGACUUAAAUUAGAUGUUUGCACUGGUUUCUAUAAAAUCUAUUCAUUCCAGCUAUCCAAAACGGCGAAUUAAUAGGAAAAAUAAAAAAUCUUUUAGUUUUGAGUCUAUAGGGUAAAAAAAAAACAAAAACACAACACCCCCCUAAUUGUAGAAGGAUGAAGGCUCUAAGGUUUGCCAAGCUCCUUCUCCCAGUAAUUUAUGCUUAUUAAACCCAGCCAGGCUCAACAGCAACAGAUGAAUUUGACAGAUAAAAGGUUUUUAUUCUGAACACAUUUCCCAGCCAACUUCCUGAGCCAGGCCUGGUUCAAAGGUUGGACGACACCUGUGCAUCAGCCUGUCUCAUGUCUUUGCGUGCUGUGUGCUUCUCGUGUGUGCCGUGGUUUUAAAUUAUUGCAAUGUGACAGAAGUCCACAGCAGCACAGGAUUCUCCAUCAGCUGCAGGGCACGGAGAUGCUUUUGUGAAUGAGCGCCAGCUUUGAAGUGGCACUACAUCCUGAUGUGCAAAUGACCCUUUGAUCUAUGGGGGAGAGCGUGGGACAAAUAGAGUGGCCACAUUUACAUGCACAUCAAAAAAUAGAAUUAUAAUUUGAUUGAUUAAAUAGGUAAAACUAAAGUUUAGGACUGCAAUGAUUUGAUUUAACAGAUUACAGAUUUUAUAUAGUCAACACAAAAACACUCAUUGGCUGCAAUUUUGAGGUAAAAGUUGCCUAAAAACGUCUUACUAAAAAAAAAAAAAAAAAAAAAAAAUCUUCAGUAUUCUUCAGUAGCAAGUAUAUGAAAGCCCCAAAACAAUUAUAUUUUCAUAGAUUAUUUAAAUCAUUGUAAAACUAAACAAAAAACCCCACACAAACUAGCCUGGUUUUAUCUAACAGUAAAGUAACAACACAUCAAGUUAAGUCACAAUACUGAAGUUGCUACUAUUGUUUUAUUUUUAAUAUAAUUUUGUGCCAUAUUGUUGAAGUCUGACACCCUGUCCUCCAUGUUUAUACUUCAUCCUAAACAGUUUGGGGUGUCAUAUUAUGACCGUGAAAUCACUCAAAAAAGAAUUUACAUACAAAACAUGCCAAAAGUAGUGUGUCUUUUAUGCACUGCACCACAAGAUUUAAAUUUUUUUUUCUUUUAAUUUUACUUUAAAAAAAAUGAUCAUAAAGUAAAGACGUUUUCACCUGACUGACUUGAUCCAUAUUAGUAUGUUUUCCUCUAAAGAGGUUCAGCUGUGGAGCAGGUAUGCUAAUCUGGUGUUUCUGGGUUAAAACGAUUAGUUUUUCCCUAUCCGUAGGUCCAUUGCUAUGCAUAAUAUGAUUAGAUUAUAGCUGAUCAGGCAAAUAAACAGUGCAACCAGGUGACGUCCAUAUGAGCAUUGUCUCUGUGAAUAACAAGUCAUCUGAUAAAAGCACAAUUAUUAUUGUAUUUUUGGCUCAAUGUGAAGAGCUUACAAUUUGUUGAAAUGAAAAGUGAAAUCUGCCUUAAAGGUUUACUGAGUAGUUGCAGCAGGGAUCUCAAACUCCGGUCCUCGAGGGCCAGUGUGCUGCAGGUUUUAGGUGCUUCCCUGGUCCAACAUGAGAUUAAUAAUAAUUUUACAGCGGUUAUAAUGUAAAGCUUAAAUAAACAUGUUACUGCAACUGCAAAGGGGGCUGGAUUUCUGCAGAGAAUUACAUAGCAUAGUGGGUCAGACAUAAUUAGUAGAAGUUUAGCUGAGGCUAAGUAUGUUAAAAAAAAUCACAUAUUCAGUCUACACAUUAAUGUUACAGCUAGAACUAGUGAACAUCUUCACCCUGAAAAGCAUCUUCCAAAAAAUUUGCUUUUAAUGUCCAAAACUGAGUUUGCAUGUGGAUGAUGACAAAGUUAAAAGAGUAGAAAGUGCAGUUAUAAACAAUUAGAAAUAACAAACUUAACAGAAAAAAAAUGUUCUUGCAUGUACAGGGCCUUUAAUAUUUAAAUAAUAUGCAUAAAGAUGUUUUAGUCUUGCAUGCUGUUUUGUUCAAGUUCUUAUAAUAUUCAAGUUAUCAAUCAAAUAUUAAAGAUUUUUUUCUUGCAAAAUGACCCCUUAAAUCUUCAAAAUCCUGAAUACUUUCUUAAAACAACCCCUGGCCUUCAGCUCUGUGAUGCAUCACUGAACAAAUCAAUCUAUUUCAAGUAAAACAAAAAGAAAUCCAAAGAUGAUCUGACUAGAUGUGAUUUUAUGCAGUGUGGGAUCCAUUUUGCUUGCAGCAGAAAUGAGUACAUUGGUUUGUAUAUUUUAUAUAUGUGUUUAUUUGGUUGUUGAAGUCUCUUGAGCCUCAUGAGGAGACUAUGUGGACGUUGCAGCUGCAGCUUGGUGACAUGUCCCCUCCAGUGUGGGCAAGUUGAUUAAAUCUUGUGCAGCUAAGCAACAGGCAAUUGCCAAAUAGGUACACCAUUAUCGUCAGCGUCUCCAGGCCAGUUGGGCGAUAACUUUUUCUGCUCUCAUAUGGAAGCUGGUGGCAUGAUUUAGUCAGUUUUCCACUCUGACUGUGGGUGUAGAUGACAUGUAAUCAGAAUUCAGCUGUCACUGUUCAGCUUCAGCUUCAACACAUUUAAAUGUGUUUAAUGUUUCACAAGGAAAUUAGAGCAACGAGUACCAGCUGCAUGGCAUGAACAUGUCACUGGUGGUUUGUAUGACAUGCUGAAAGUUUUAUGAAACCCUGAAGCCUUACUUUGUGUGUAAAGUGAGAUAGAGAGAAUGUGUGUGUGUGUCAGUGUGUUGAUUGGCAUGGUUUGGUUUACAGUAGUUAUUUUCUAUGUAACAUCUAGUAUUUUGUAACAAUGAAAUGACUUGAAAUGUAUGUUGGAUUUGUAUUGUAUUUAAUUCCUGGAAGUGGUAGUUUUUUGUUUGUUUGCUAUGCUAAAUAUGCACCAGCAUGUGAGAAAUCCUGAUGAGCAACUUUUCAGUUUCACUUUUAAUGAAGCCCAGGGGAGGAGCCCAAAAUAUCAGACAUGAAACACAGACAACAAGGCUAAAAAGACAACAAUAUUAUUCAUUUUAACAUGGACAGCAGUCCUCUCUCCCCUUUUGGUGCACCCUGCUGGUCCUUCUGAGUAAAUAAGAAAUUGCAAAUGAUUGCAAUUUCGAGUGCUCAACAGAGAGCGAUUUCAGACACAAAAUCAGAGUUAGAGACAUCACAGUAAUGGGAAAUACUGAAAAAAAUUUGACACCCCUCCAAAGCUUCCACUGAAUCAUCAAGAGUUACUCUCGCCAAAGCAGGGUCACCUGCUUGUAGCAAUGCUGUUGAUAUGCUCUAUCUAUAGUUAAUAUACAGUGGCACUGCUGUUUGCUUUGUUAUGGUGUGAAAGUUUGUGAUAAUUUGCAAUCUCUGCUGCAUACUUCUGUGCAAGUAAUUGUAUAUUUAAUGUAAUUUUUACCCAACUUUCAACAUUGUACCUGUUGUACCUGUUAAUCCUCAGUGAGGUUUUGUUCGAGCAUGGCUAAAAUAUUUCAGCUUUGUUAGUGCAAAAUUUCAGUGGUUUCUUAUUGUGAGUUUCUUUGUGCUCUAAAGGUAAAGCUUUGCUGCAGUCACAAAUAUUUCUGAUGAUAUACCUAAUACACAAUAUAUGUGUUGGAAAGGCUGUUUCCUGUUUUUAUAAUGUCAUAUUGUUUGCUUAAGGUGGCUUAUUGGUAAACACUACUAAAUCUGGCUAUGUUUGCCUGGAAAGACUGCUGUUUUCAGUCAUAGAAACACUCAUUUGCUUGGGCUCCUCUUAUUAAAAAUAUCUAAUGA